CGGCUGCAUGCAAGCGCUGCCUCAAAGCUGCCUGCGCUGGGCGAUAGGAUGCGCUAGGCCAGCCUUGUCACCCUAGCCAUGGCGGCUAAGCCGCUAUCGCACAGUGAGGUCUUGGCGCUGGUCGCUCCGCUGCUGCACGAGUGCGGCAAACCUUUCCGCAAGUUUAAGAGGGCCUUCAUUCGGCGAGCAGAUCAUGCUGAGACGGUGGAGACCAUUUUGAACGGCAAGAAAGAGACAGAGAACGUUGCCAGCGAAGGUGACAUGGUGGUGCGCGCAGAUACUUCAUCUCAGGAGGAGUACAUUAUCUCAAGAGAGCGUUUUCAGCAGGCCUAUGACAUGAGCAGCGCUUCCGAGAUCGUGGACCACCCAGAGGCGGAGCACUUGCGGUUGCAGGGCUUCAUGUCCUACAAGCCGAGGCGCCGGGUCUUGGCAGUGGAGGUGGACGAGGCGUUGCUUGCGAAGCAUUUCCCAAGUCGGAUGUUUAUGGCACCCUGGAAUGAGCCCAUGGCAGUAGAGCCAGGCGAUUUCCUGGUCAAUGGAAACCAGUCCACUGAAAGCAUCACCGAAAUUGUCCGCAUCGAAAGGAUGACUUUCUUUGAGACUUACGAGCCCUGCUGCCGCCACAAGGAUGGUGAGGGGGCCGAUCGGACUG